ACUUGAAUCGAGCAUAUCGAGCUGUUUGUUGAUCGCAGGGCACCCAUACAGUGUAAAGAAAGCGGACAUACAGUCAUCUACUCAUAGCGACGGCGAUUAAUCUCUCUCAGCAGCUCUACCGAUCCGCGGAAGGCCAAGAUGGCCGACAGAUACUCCUUCUCCCUCACCACCUUCUCGCCCAGUGGCAAGCUCGUCCAAAUAGAAUAUGCUCUCAACGCUGUCAACCAAGGUGUAACCUCGCUCGGUAUCAAAGCCGCAAAUGGCAUCGUCCUCGCAACGGAGAAGAAGUCUUCCACACCCCUCAUCGACCCAGCCUCAUCAUCGAAGAUCUCACUCAUCACACCCAACAUCGGCAUGGUCUACUCCGGGAUGGGUCCCGAUUACCGCGUGCUCGUAGACAAGGCUCGCAAAGUCAGUCACACAGGCUACAAGCGGAUAUACAACGAGUAUCCGCCCACGAGAAUACUAGUGCAAGACGUCGCGAGGGUGAUGCAAGAGGCGACGCAGUCCGGGGGUGUGAGACCGUACGGUGUUUCGCUGCUCAUUGCUGGCUAUGACGAGGGCAUUGAACCAGAGCAGCAGAAUGCGAAGCCGGCUGGCGCGGAGGAGACGGCGGUCGAUGACUCUGCCGAAGACCGGAAAAAGACGACGGGUAAGACUGGAGGAAUAUUGAAGGGCGGGCCUAGCCUGUAUCAGGUCGAUCCGUCAGGGAGCUAUUUCCCGUGGAAAGCUACGGCGAUCGGGAAGUCCGCGACGAGUGCGAAGACGUUCCUAGAGAAGCGGUAUACGGAGGGCCUCGAGCUCGAGGAUGCGGUGCACAUUGCGUUGCUAACGCUCAAGGAGACGAUUGAGGGGGAGAUGAAUGGAGAGACGGUUGAGAUUGGUAUUGUUGGUCCGCCAGCGAACCAUCUUCUUGGCUACGAGGGCGUAGAAGGCGCACAAGGUCCGCGCUUCCGGAAGCUGAGCCCACAAGAGAUUGAGGACUACUUGACGAAUCUGUAGUGUGCGCCAACGCCACGCAACAUGUGCUUCUCUCAUAGCGGGCGUUGGCUGGCGCCGAUACAAGCAUCACUGUACAAUAUGUAGAAGUCACAAGCUGAGCCGGUCGCAGGCGUGCCAACGCCGCAUGUGAUUCGCUCUGCUCUAGCCUUUCGCCAGUGUCAGAGUCGCUUCCAACCGGCUGUCAGCGUGUGCACUACCCAAGCCUUGCACUCACGACGUCCGGUGCCUUGUAGCUAAAGAACUGGAGACUCGUCUGGGACAUAACCUCCCGCGUGAUGGUUACGGUCCUCGUGCUCGUGCUCGUGCUCGCUGUCCGCUCGGUCGUCGUAGCCUUAGUAUGUGCCGCAUUACCCGUCUUAGUCAUAGAUGUCAUAGACACAACCAUAUCCGUGACUACAGCAGCUUGCAUCCCAUGACCGUGCUUGCGCGCCGCAACCGCAAGUACAAUUCCAGCG